AAAUGAUUUUGCUUGAUGAAGUUGCAUAAUCAGAAAACAAUUUAAAAAGGAUUACAUUGCUUUAAAAUUGACAAAUCUGUGAGGAUGAUGAAAUGAGAAUUGUCAACACUGAAGGAAAUAAGAUUAACACUACAAGUGACAUGUGUGUUUUACAAUACAAACCACUACUUAAUUUUUUCUCUUAUUCGUGAGUUGACCAUACAAAUGUGCAUGACUAUCAUAAAAAAUUCCAAACUCAGCCUCAAACUUCCUAAAAUGGACUUGAUAAACAUUGGUAAGAGAUAUCCAAGUAAUGGUUUACUCCAAAAUCAAUAGCUCCAUCUUCAUAUGCAUAAUACAUACUCAACGAACACAUCACUGACCGAUGACAACAAAGCACCAAACUGUAAAUCGAUUGGCUAUUCGAAACAAGUCGAAAAAAACACAACAAUGGGAAAUAAGCAACCAACCAAGACGAAACGCUACUUCAAUGAUUUCACCAUCGAUUCAAUUCAAAUCGAAAGUAGAAAUGACCAGAAACCAACUCAAAAUACAGUUCUAUUCGAUUUGCAUGAUCAAUUAAAAGUCAUUCCAAGACGAAACCAAAAACCAGCCAUUCCAAUGAACCCAAUACCCAUUUCUCAAGUAUCAUCUGUAGAAGAUCAACAAUGGAAACAAUGUGUGGCUCAGUAUUAUCUUUCCACCAGAUACGAAUUUCCAAAAAAGAAAAAAUCAAUUCCAAAAAAGCCAAUUGAGCAGAAAACUAGAAUCCAUGCCAGAAAUCCAAAACCAGAAAGUGAGAAUGCUUCUUUGGGAUUGAAAGAGGUUGAAGAUGAAUUGAAAACUCAAAUUCUGAAAUUUCAGCUCGACCAGUUUAAAUUUCCUUCCAAGGAAAAGAAAACUAAACUAAUCUCAAAUAUCAAAAAGAGACAUUGCAAGGAAUAUGAUCAUUCGUUUGAUGAUUUUCUAAGCAUGAGCAGCAGCAACAGUAUUAAUUGAGAUUUUACCAAUGUGAAGAAAACAAUGAAAAUAUUAGAAAGGAAGAAGAGAAAACACUCCUCAUCAAUAUACGAAAAUGCAGUAAAUAUUGAUUUGAUUAAGUUCAAAUCAAAACUGCUGUAAAAUAAAAGUUGUGAAGUUUUAGCAG